AGCAUAACCCCUACUCUUGUAUUUGAAGAGACUUGAAUAUUGACUUCCAAACUAAGACUGACCUUCAGAAUAUUCCACAAUUCUGCCCGAUCUUAAAUCUUAAGAUAAAACUGCUGUUGGGGCUAAGGCCAGGUGGGAUCGCCAGCGUCGAGAGGGAACAACAACAAUAACAUACAUUUAAAGAUCUUUCAUUAUAAUGAGGACUUCCUCAAGACAAUUUCGUGGAAACACAAAGCACAGCCCUUGCUAGUUCCCACGCUCAGACUAAAUAGUCAUUUAAAUGUUGUAGGAGGGAUGAGCAAACUUACAGCUGCACCACAUCAGAUCAAUGUUGCCUGUUUGGCACAAAUGAUGCCUGGAAACUAAAUCAAUCCAGAUUGAAGGAAGUCAAACCCAUCCGAUCUGCUAAAGUCAGAAGAUUACCCUCCCCACCUCCCCUCCGCCGGGAGACAUGUGUGUUACAGUUUCUGAUGGACACAAAUAUCUUGUGACUGUGAGCAUCCUUCAGCCAACUGAUGCCAUUGUAAUAAUAAUAAUAAAGUCACUGGAGGACACUUGCUGUCUUUUGUUCAUAAUGAUUCGACAAAUGUGCAAAUUGGUUUAAAAAGCAUUCAACCCCAUCUCAGUGGUUUUCUCGCCUUGAUACGUGAUGAACUUUAUAAAGAAAACUGGGAUCUCUGACACACUGUUUUGAUUCAUGAAGCCAGAUCCAGGAGCAGAGAACAAGGCUCUGCUGUGAUUUAUUGCUUUUUGUGGCCUGUUAAUAGCUCUCGUUGUUAAGAAACAACAACAACUUGCAUUCACACAACGGCCGUCACACAGGGUAGCGUCACCGAGGAACCGAGGAAUUUAUUCCAGGUUGGAGUUUCCAGAUGGCAAACCCUCUUCCUGCCGGCUAACAGGAAUCUUUUACUCUUCAGAAAACCGAUUGAUUUCCCGUCUGAAGUCGCACAGCCGGUCCCCAUGGUAAAGCCAGAGAUUUAAAUCAACACCAGGGAACGUGAGCCGCAAAGUUUACUUUCCACAUCGGCAAUCAUCUGUUGCAUACGAGCACCUGUGCACCUCGAUGCGUUGCUAUGGCUUCUAGAGUCAGAGCCAAUCGGAAAAUUAUUGCACAGCCAAGGCCCUGAAUUAUAAUCAAAUUUAACUCCAGAUUUAUAUGAGUUAGUUGGUAAGUCCUCACACACACUCUGGAGCUAAACAUAUCACCUACAGCAACAUCACAACAAGAAGCCACAUUGCUCGCAAAGUACACAAACAACUCCUGAAAGCAAAAAAAUGGCAAGAGGAGGAAAUAGCAAGAGAAAAUAAAAAUAACUUCAUUUUUAGAUUAUAUUGCAGUUGGGUGACUUGUGUCCCACAGCCACAGGGAGAUUGCAUGAAACUAUUUUUUUAAAUAGCCUGGUGUCCAGCCACGCUGAGGCAUUAACAGAUCUAUCCUCUGAUAGGGCCCUUCAUCCCACUGUGCAUUCCUUCUCCCCAGCAAGACAAGGUACCAGGAGUGGCUCGGGGUUAAGGAUGUUUCUGUGGGCCACACCACGCGCCUCUUCACAGAGCACAGAGCACCAAGGAAGAAGCUUUUAUAAAAAAUUAAGAGCGUACGACAUUUUGGACAAACGGAAAACAGACACGGCCCUGAAGGCAGGAGAGGACAGGGCGAUGUUUCUGGGUCUGGGAAUGAUGGUGUGUUCUGUGAUGAUGUGUUUCCUUCUGGGAAUAACAAUGAUCCAAUCCCCCAAAGAGAGCGCUUGGAAAGAGAAGUCACAAUGUGUCGUACUGGAGGCCAAUAUCACUGAUCGCAGGAGCUGCACGUACAGCUGUGGGGAGGAUUGUCACCAAACAUCAGACUAUCCCUGUUUGCAGGUGUACGUUAAUCUGUUAUCCUCAGGGCAGAGGGUUCUGCUACAUCACACAGAAGAAACCGUCCUCUCGAAAAUUGAGUGUUUCUACGUGCCAAAGUGCAAAAAGAAUUCUUCAGAUUCUGAAAUCUUAAUCACCGCCAUUCGAGACAACUUCACCAAGUUCCAGGUCUCCUCCUUGCCUUUCCCUUGUUACUAUGACCCGGACGGAAGACAAAAGAAUGUUCUGUUGACCAGGCUCAAAGGACCUAACGCUGUGUUCCACACCUUGUUCUGGCCGUUGUGCUUGUUCGUUGGAGGAACUUUAAUUGUUGUCAUGGUAAAGCUGACACAGUAUCUCUCGCUGCUUAAUGAACAAUUCACCAAAAACAACAAAUGAGAAAAGAAUCAAAGAAUGAGGAGAGAAAGAAGCCAAUCUUCACCAGAGAUCCUUAAGAAGUGACAUAUAUUAUGUCAAAAUAUUACAGCUAAUAAAUAGCCUCUCUCUGUUACGCAUUCAUCUAAGGUUUACUGGAGCCUCUGUUUCAUCCAUUAAAUGCAUCUGUUUAAUAUAAUAUAAUUAUAGAGAGAGACAUAAGCAAGCAAUAAUGGCUUGUGUGUGUUAAUGAUCAUUUGAGAAAAAGUAUUCAGUUGUCACCAAAGGCGAGCAACCUUAAUAACGCUAUGUAUUCAUCCUCAUCUCCUCUGUGUAACUUUGUACACACGACUUAGCCUUCAGACUUUGGAAUUGAAGACAAUGAUCUUCAGCAUAAAGCUAUGAGGAAUGUCAGUCCUCUGGCACUGCUCAUUUUUGGGUGAGGGCGGUUGGAGGAGAAACAACAACAACUUGCUUGUACACAGCACAGGGUAGCGCCCCAGGGC